UCCACCAACUUCUGACAAGACAGUUGUUGUGCAUGUCCUUCCCUCCAUGCAGUGUCCUCGCCCACACAUUUUUCGGUGCACGGGAGUUUGAGACUCUUUUCCCCAGCGUCUUGACGAUGUUUACCGAAGCAGAAAACAACAGAAAAAGAGUAAAAGCGCUGGUGGACAAACCCGGAAAUGGAAAGUGCGCCGACUGCGGGGCUCCAGAUCCAGAGUGGGCGUCAUAUACUUUGGGUGUGUUUGUGUGCCACAGCUGCUCAGGCCUUCAUAGAAACAUUGCACAGAUGAGUAAAGUGAAAUCUCUCCUGCUGGAUCCAUGGACGAGCUCUCAACUGGAGUUCAUGGACUCUGUGGGAAACGACGCCGCCAAGACCAAAUAUGAGCACACAGUGCCCGCUUUCUACUACCAGCCCACUUACAAAGAUUGUGCGCUCCUGCGGGAGCAAUGGAUUCGCGCCAAAUACGAGAGGAAGGAGUUCAUGCCAGGGGGGAAGCAGGAGCCAUACUCUGCAGGCUACCGGGAGGGGUUUCUAUGGAAACGAGGAAGAGACAACGGACAAUACCUCAGCCGAAAAUUUAUUCUGUCGGAAUCGGAGGGUGUUUUGAAGUAUUUCAACAAGCAGGAUGCCAGAGAGCCUAAAGCCGUAAUAAACAUCAAUACGGUGAAUGCCACCUUCCAGCCGGCUAAAAUAGGCACAGCUCACGGCCUGCAGGUGACCUACCUGAAGGACAACAGCACUCGGAAUAUCUUUGUUUACCACGAGGAUGGCAAGGAAAUGGUGGACUGGUUCAACGCCAUCAGAGCAGCCAGGUUUCAUUACCUGCAGGUGGCCUUCCCAGGUGCUCCCACGCCUGACUUAUUGCCCAAGAUAACCAGGAACUACACAAAGGAAGGGUUUAUGGAGAAGACCGGGCCGAAGUACACCGAAGGUUUUAAGAAGAGAUGGUUCACAAUGGACGACAGGAGGCUCAUGUACUUCAAAGAUCCGCUGGACGCCUAUGCGCGAGGCGAAGUGUUCAUCGGCAGUAAAGAAAACAGCUACGGCGUCCUACCCGGGCUACCUUCGGGCAUUCAGAGCUACCACUGGCAGUUUGGAAUCACCAUAGUGACGCCGGACAGGAAGUUUCUUUUGGCAUGCGAGAACGAACAGGAUCAGACGGACUGGAUCGCUGCCUUGCAGACUGUCAUCAACAGAGCCAUGCUACCUCAAGAGUAUGCAGUAGAGGCCUAUUUUAAGCACAAACCAUGAGCAAACCAGGACGUGUGCAGGAGGACUUGGCACACAAACAACACACGUGACCGUCGAACUAUGGGCAAGCAAUAUUUUAUGUUAAUGACUUAACAAAGGAAGCCACCAAUUUUUACUACAAGAUGCCACUAGAUUUAUGAACAAUGAACACUUUUGUAUUGCAUGUAAUUUAUCCAUUAUUUUUAAUAGGAGGAGCCCGAAUGUUACUACUCACAGUAAUCGUGUGAGCGCUGAAAAUAAUUUUGUCCCUUUAACUCAGAGGUGUCAAACGUACGGCCCGGGGGCCGGAUCAGGCCUGCAAAACGGUUCUAUCUGGCCCGCGAGAUGAGUUUCCUAAGUAUAAAAAAUUAGCUAAAAAAUUUGAGUGAAAGAAACUGCUGUUCUAAAUUUGUCCAGUGGGUGUCGCAAUAGUUCUUCGUAUCUGAGCGUGACCUCAGAGCGGGCGGAUAUAUGUGCCGUGUUAAAGGGGAACAUUAUCACCAGACCUAUGUAAGCGUCAAUAUAUACCUUGAUGUUGCAGUAAA